AUGGCUUUAAAGGGACAAGAAGAUUAUUACCUUUUCAAGGAUUCAACGCAUCCAGUGGAUUUUCUGGAUGCAUUCAGAACAUUUUACUUGGAUGGAUUAUUUACUGAUAUUACCCUUCAGUGUUCUUCAGGCAUAAUCUUCCAUUGUCACCGAGCUGUUCUAGCUGCUUGCAGCAAUUAUUUUAAGGCAAUGUUCACAGCUGACAUGAAAGAAAAAUUUAAAAAUAAAAUAAAAAUCUCUGGCAUCCACCAUGAUAUUUUGGAAGGCCUUGUAAAUUAUGCAUACACUUCCCAAAUUGAAAUAACUAAAAGAAAUGUUCAAAGCCUACUUGAAGCAGCAGAUCUGCUGCAGUUCCUUUCAGUAAAGAAAGCUUGUGAGCAGUUUUUGGUAAGGCACCUGGAUAUUGAUAAUUGUAUUGGAAUGCACUCCUUUGCAGAAUUUCACGUGUGUCCAGAAUUAGAGAAGGAAUCUCGAAGAAUUCUGUGUUCAAGGUUUAAAGAAGUAUGGCAACAAGAAGAAUUUCUGGAAAUCAGCCUGGAAAAGUUCCUCUUUAUCUUGUCCAGAAAGAAUCUCAGUGUUUGGAAAGAAGAAGCCAUCAUAGAGCCCUUAUUAAGUGGACCUGCUCAUGAUGUAGAAAAUCGAAUUGAAUGCCUAUAUAAUCCUAGCUAUAUCAACAUAGAUAUAGAUCCAGUAUAUUUAAAAACAGCGUUAGGACUUCAAAGAAGCUGCCUACUAACUGAAAAUAAGAUACGAUCUCUAAUAUACAAUGCUUUGAAUCCCAUGCACAAAGAGAUUUCCCAGAGGUCCACAGCCACAAUGUAUAUCAUUGGAGGCUAUUACUGGCAUCCUUUAUCAGAGGUUCACAUAUGGGAUCCUUUGACAAAUGUUUGGAUUCAGGGAGCGGAAAUACCAGAUUAUGCUAGGGAGAGCUAUGGUGUUACAUGUUUGGGACCCAACAUUUAUGUAACGGGGGGUUACAGGACGGAUAACAUAGAAGCUCUUGACACAGUGUGGAUCUAUAAUAGUGAAAGUGAUGAAUGGACAGAAGGGUUGCCAAUGCUCAAUGCCAGGUAUUACCACUGUGCAGUCACCUUGGGUGGCUGUGUCUAUGCUUUAGGUGGUUACAGAAAAGGGGCUCCAGCAGAAGAGGCCGAGUUCUAUGAUCCAUUAAAAGAGAAAUGGAUACCUAUUGCCAACAUGAUUAAAGGUGUGGGAAAUGCUACUGCCUGUGUCUUACAUGAGGUUAUCUACAUCAUUGGUGGACACUGUGGCUACAGAGGAAGCUACACCUAUGACAAGGUCCAGAGCUACAAUUCAGACAUCAACGAAUGGAGCCUCAUCACCUCCAGUCCACAUCCAGAAUAUGGAUUGUGUUCAGUUCCAUUUGAAAGUAAGCUCUACCUAGUUGGUGGACAAACUACAAUCACGGAGUGUUAUGACCCUGAACAAAAUGAAUGGAGAGAGAUAGCUCCCAUGAUGGAAAGGAGGAUGGAGUGUGGUGCCGUCAUCAUGAAUGGAUGUAUUUAUGUCACUGGGGGAUAUUCCUACUCAAAGGGAACUUAUCUUCAGAGCAUUGAAAAAUAUGAUCCAGAUCUUAAUAAGUGGGAAAUAGUGGGUAGUCUUCCAAGUGCCAUGCGGUCCCACGGAUGUGUUUGUGUGUAUAAUGUCUGAUUGAAUCCAUAGAAAUGACCAAGUAAUCACUGCUUUUGGUGUCGUAAAAAAAUGUAGGGUUUGGAACAUCUUGCUUGUUCUUGUGGACUGGUACAUAAUGGGAAAAUUCUCAUUCCUAACCCCCACUCUACACCCUAACCCAAUGAUUAAUGGUCAAGAAAACUCUUAGAUAUAUUUACAGUUGAAUCAGUGGGGUUAACACCUAUAAUCUCUGCUUUUGAAAGGUGAUACGGAAUGUUGAACACGCGGUAGGAGGUGAACUGCCUUUGUAGUGAAUUUUUUCUGGUAGCAUGAACACUGGGUAUUUGAAAUUUAAGGAGGGAAUCUUCUCUACCUCUACAAAAUCAACACUUUAAAAAAAAGGUUUUCUUUCCUUUGUUGUAUGUAUAAUUUAUUGUUGUUCUUUAUUUACUGACUAGCAGAGAUAUACAAGAUACUGUGCAAAAGUUCAUUACUAUUCAGAGUUUACAAACUAAAUUUAAAAGAAUGGCAAAUCUGAAAAAUUGCACAGAAAUAGUCAAAUAUUUGUUGAUGCUAAAAGCUAUUUUUAAUUUUCAGCUUUGAUGUACAUUACUAGGUUAGGUAUCUUUAGUUUAAGCAUGUUAGAAAAUCCUCUUUAUUCUUAUGUAUAGACAUGUCUGCAUAUAAAAUUGAAUGUUAGAGUCAGAAAGCAUGUAGAGCAAAUUGUGAUAUAGUAGAAAAUAACCUUGUUGAGAAGAAAUUUGCAUUGAUUUCCCAGCUCUGCCACUAACUAGAUUUUGUAACUUUGAUUGAGUCACUUAACCUCUCCUCAAUGAGUGCUUCCUAACCCACGCACACUGGCACUUUGGGUCACAGAUGUGCCUCGAUAAGGAUCCUCAUAACUCUUGGAGCAGCCAGAGGUGGCCAGAGUGGCUGGGCUUCUGGGCCAGAACACCUUUGUCCAUUUUCUAUAACUUUGCCCAUGUGUGCAAUAACUUCAGAAAAGUUGGAAAGCAUUGCUUAACUCAAUCUAAACGUUUAGUAAUCUGUUAGAUGAUCUAGCCACACUCUUCAGUUUUUCUAAAGAGGCUAUUUUUAACUUUAAAUACAGAAGUUUAAAAUUAGCUAACCCCUCUGAUUGUAUUUUUUUAAUUUUAGAAAGAAACUGUUUUAUUUCAGAUGGCAUUUUAAGUAGAUACAACCCUUUGGGAUUGUAACAUGGUACUACAUAAAAAGAGCCAUAAAAAUGACCAUAUCUUUCUCAUAAGUUCUACUCCUAGAUUUGUAACCUAAAGAAUAAUAUAAAAACCAAAACAAAAAAGGUAAAUGCACAAGGAGGUUUAUGUCUGCCUUAUUUAUAAUAGCAUAAAAUCGGAAAUAAUGUACAUUGCAAAGAAGAAAGUGGGCUAAUAAAAAGUGAAGUAUCACGCUACCAUUAAAGUAAUUAUUUGCAAGACUGUAGAACUAUGGAUGUGUCUGUGAUAUGUAGGUACAAUAAGCACAAUAUAAAGUAGUAUGCACACUAUGGUUUUGUGACUUUGUAAAAUCUUUAUGCAUGUGGAAGGUAAUAUGCAAAACUGAAAUUCAUUGUGUUAGUGUAGGGGAAUAUGGAAUGAUUUUUAAUUUAUUUGAAUGGUUUUCUUUAAUACUACUUUGUAUUUUCAAUAAAAAUAAAUCAAUCACUGUGUAUGUUGUUAAA